CAACGGUCAUCUUGUUCAUUUCCUUCCCUUCCUCAAUAUCUGUUAAUCCCUCACUAUUCAUAUAUACCCAAACUUUUUUUUUUAAAAAAAGAGAGGUAUUUCUGAAAUCAAGAGAAAUAAAUACUACUAUUUGAUUAUUCAAAGAAAUAUGGAUAUGGGUGCUAUUCCACUGAAAGAGACUCCACCAUUGAGCUCUUCUGCAGUUCCAAAUCCUUCCCUUUCCGGGUCAAGAGAAACGAAUGAAAAUGAGCAGCCACUUGACCAGAAACCCAUGACUACUAAGAAUUUCAUGUCACCCACAAUAUCUGCAUCUUCCAAAGCUUCAGUUCCAAUUAGAAAGAAAAUUUUAGCUGAAAGGAAUGAAAUUUCCAGCUCAUUUGAAAGCCUUCCUCCUCACAAAUCCUCAAAUCUUGGGUCUAAAACAAAAUCCCUAAAUUCGACCUCUCAUCAUUCUGGAAAAUUACCUAUUUCUUCCUACAGUUAUGCCUCUGAAUCUGAUAAUGACCCAGAAAACAACUCAGUUGUUGAGUCCUCAUAUAAGCCAUAUGACCCCCUCACUAAUGACCUUGGCCCUAGGCCUAAAUAUCUUCGUUAUAAGCCAAAUAGGCGUCGUGAGGCCCUUCUUGAUCCUCAGAAAUGUAAUGAUAAUCAAGGGUUAUUGGAGCAAGCUCAAGAUCCCUCAAAUCUUCCAGAACAAGAUAAUGUGGAGCCGGAGAAUGAUGAAGAUGUGGUGGCUAGUGUUGAGGAUGAUGAUGAAGAAAUGGAAGAGGUUGUGGACCGAGAAUGGAGUUUGAAAGGGCUCUUUAAACUUCUGCUUCUAUUGGUUGUUUUCUUUCUGUCAGGAGCAAAUUUAUCUUCCACGAACUUUGUGGUGAGUUCAGGUUCUGGCGAUAUGAUUCGCAAGAACAUCUUUGAAGCUGUUUUCCACGAAAUUUACGGGAGUGAAAGUGUAAAUGUGGAUCAGUUGAGUCAAAGAGACGCUGAUUAUGAACUUAAUGCGGUUGAAUUUGAUGAAGAUAUUGUGGGGUUGUUGGAAGUGGAAAGUGCUGAAAUGGAAAAAGAAGCUGAGCUACAGGAAGGACUGAGUGCUGAUAUUGAUAUUGAUCAGGAAAGCGCAGAGGUUGAACUUACUCAGAGUGUUGUAAAUGAUGAUGAAGAGGAGGAAAUUAUGUCAACAGCUGCUGGUGAAUUUACUAGUUCCAAUGAAGUGGAUGAGGAAGAAGUUGAAGGUUCUGAUGAGCAGCUGCAGAAGGAUCAAGUUCUCGAGAAGAAGGAUCUUAAUAUCUAUCAGAUACCACUCAAUCUUGAACCAUUGCUUGAUGACAUUUCAAAUGCUUGUGCUGCUCAUUCAAGCUACAAAUUUGAGCAAGCAGAAGAAGCUGACAACAAGGUUGAGCAGGUCGAAAAAAUCGCUGGAGAAGAAGAAAUAUCAGAGACAGUAUCAUCAGGAGUUGAAGAAGUUGACACCGAAUUUGAAACCAGCAAUCUUGACAUUGAGAUAGAGUCAGAGAAUGCUGAAGUCAAAGAAAUUGGACUGAGUAACGCAGUUAUUAUCAUUGGAGUUUCAGCAGCUUCAGUGCUUUUGGCAUCUUUGGCUACCAUCUAUGUUACAAGGAAACCAAAAGCUUCUAUUGAAACAACAACUCAAGCUGGAAUACUCAACAACCCAGUUAUUGCUAGUGUUGAACGAGAAGUACUCUUUGAGAGGAAACCUGAAACUUCUCAUGAACCACUGAUCCUUGAGAGAACACCAGCCGUUGGAUCCAUUACACAAGCUUCAUCUUUGUGUGGUCCAACGAAGGAAGCAUCGAAAGAGAUCAGCCACAUCAGUGCACCUGAGAUUGAACUACUAGGUGAAAUGAUGGUUGGAGAAGUGAGCAGCAGCUCCCUUAGAAGCUGUGUUAAGAAAAACAGCAUGAUUGAAGCAGAAGGGAGCAACACUAAUUUAUCUAAAGGUGUUGUACCUCUUGCUCAGCCAUCGGUUAUUGAUCUAACAGAUUCUCUAUCACAUGGAAGCUUUACAGCUGAAAAGAAGAUCUUAAAGAAAAAGGUGGAGAAAGAUGGAGAAGAGGUCAAGAAGGUGGCGUUAACAACCCCAGUUAGGAGAUCAAGUCGAAUUCGAGAUCGAAUUGGCAUGUCCCCUUGAAUGAAUAACGACUGUGGGGGGCUUUUAAUUUGUUGGUCUAGUGGAAACAGCAUCUCUGCUGUUUCAUAGUAUUUGACACUUUGAUCUUCUUUCAGUUCAAAUUGUAGGGAUGAUUUCGUAGUU